UGCCUGAUCGUCAAAUAUCCCUGACUUUUGGGGUGAAGGAACACAAUUAAUAAGCGGGACGAACUGACCUUGUACGUUUACGCUCACGGAAAUAUUUAUAGCAUUUAAACAAGUGUGUAUUAGUGUUAUUCAACUGCCGGUAACAGGUCAUGCGUGUACGCGAAUAACAACAGCCAAAGUAAGCCGAACUACACACAACACUGGAGUAAACCGUACCGAGAGGGUCAUCCUGCAAAGGAAAGGCAGUGGAAUAUCGUCGAAUUACUUUAACAUCUAAAUAUGCAUCUCAAGUUAAUAAUAUGGAUCGUAAUCAUAUCAGAGGUCGAAGCAGACGUUAUUAUCAGACGAAAUCGACCAGGAACACCUAUUCGUGAUAAUCCGUGUACAGUCAUCAAGACCGUUGCCAACUGCUCCCACCAAGAAUUGUCAGGAGUGCCCAGUAGACUUCCUAAAACAAUAACCGUGCUUCUGAUGGACCAUAACAAACUGUUUAGUUUGCCCUCACAUGAAUUCUCAAAGUUUAAAAAUCUCACUGACUUGGAUAUUUCAAACAAUGUAAUACACUAUGUAAGUGACGACGCUUUUCACGGGGUGACACGCUUACAACGUUUACACAUGGAAAACAACAAUGUUCAGUGUCCACAGAAGGCUCUUUCUGUCCUCCAUUCCUUAGAGGAACUGUAUGUGGAUGGAAGUAUCAAUAUAACCUUCGGUGAAUAUUUUCAAAAUUUGUCUAAACUGACCAACUUGACUUUGUUUGGAAGUCUAGAUGGCUGCAAGAUAAAGCACAUUUACAACUAUACUUUUAAAUAUGUUCCACAUUUAAAAUUGUUAAACAUAUCAAACUGUGAUUUGAAGACGAUUGACUCUGGAUCAUUCCUACCUUUAAGGCACAUUGAAGAAUUAGAUAUAUCGAAUAACAAUCACUUAAAUUUUGGAAAUUUCCAAAAUGCUACAUAUGGUCUGAUAAAUUCCUCUAUUCGAGUUUUAAGAGCAAAUGGUAUAGUCACAAGAUGGUCUGUAUGUAACAUAUUAAAAGACCAACAUACACAGCAUUUGAGAAACACAAGACUUGAAAAAAUGUACUUCGAUCAUAAUCGACUUGAAUGCAUAGACUUGGGAGCGUUGCAAAAUCUUCCAGACACACUGUGGUACGUGUCGACUCGGUUUAACAGGUUUACCAAUGGCCCAUACAUUGUUGCGUUGGAAGUCAUGAGAAAAGUUACUCAUUUAUACUUGGGAAACGAUGAUUCAAAAUCUAUGCCUCACUUACCAUACCCUAGAAGAAGGAAUAGUGUUCAAUUUGAAUCAGAUUCUUCUCAGUCUGGUCUUAAACAUAUGUGGAACACGACGCGAAGUAUUCCAUUAACGCCUCCAAUUCUGAAGUCCAGUUACUACAGCCCCAUAAGUAUUAGUUUACCACCGCAUCUGCAGUUACUGCAACUGACAUGUAAGAAGAUGGUUUUCGACAUCACUUGGUUACGAUUUAAACCCAACAAUUUAACCACUUUGAUUUUAAACUGCAAUUUGCUGUCGAGAUGGAUAGGUCCCGUGGAAGGAUUGGACAAUCUCCAGCACCUCGACCUGUCCAACAACCUGGCUAGAUUCGUGUCAACUCAUUUCUUUACAAGCUUCCCUAAUCUCAGGUUACUCAACAUAUCAUUCAAUUUUCUAGGAUCAAUGCUGUAUCAAGCAAACCAGUCUCUUAUUCUUGACAAUCUCACAUCUCUCGAGGUACUGGACAUGUCACUAAAUGAUAUAGGCAGUCUUCCAGAGAAUAUAUUUCGAGACUUGGUAUCUGUCAAGGUUCUAAAUGUAUCAACCAAUGUACUGUAUCUGGAUUUACCUCUUCGAGUAGCUCACAUGAAGAAUCUUCAGUUGUUGGAUCUUUCCAAUAACCAGAUUCGAUGGUUUUCCGAAACAUUGAUGCGCGACUUGGACACUAUAGCUAAAUCCACCAACAUAACCGUUCAAAUGAUACUUAAUCCCAUUUCAUGUACUUGUGAUAAUUUAGACUUUCUUAGCUGGAUGAGGUCAUCAAAAAUUAUUUUUCUUGAUGUUUAUAAUUAUACGUGUGCGUUUGAAAACGAAACAUUUUCCCUGAUUGGAACGUUCGAAGAUACUGUUAUUAGACUGCAAAAUGAGUGCAAAGGAUAUUUAAUACUGGUUCUUGGCAGCGUGUUUGGUGGUAUUCUUGUUUUUGUUAUAAUGGUCGGAGCAAUUAUCUACAGAUAUCGGUGGAACUUGAGAUAUUGGUACUAUGCUGCAAGAAGAAAUCAUCAAAACCUAAUGCUUUUGGACACUGACGAGGAUUCACUUACAUUUGAUGCUUUCGUUUCCUAUGCAGACAAAGACAGGGAAUUUGUAAACGAAAUGAAAAACAGUGUUGAAACUGAAGCUGGGUUGAAGCUCAAUAUAGGUGAUCGCAAUUUUGAUCAAGAUAAACAAAUUCCAUCCAAUAUAUUGUCCGCCAUUCAAACGAGCAGAAAAACUGUUGCCAUUUUAUCUUCGUUUUACCUAGAGGAUAAACAGUGUGAGUACGAACUGCAAAUUGCAAACAUUGAAAGCAUAAAAACAGGACGGGACGUUUUGGUAAUGAUUAUGUAUGAAGAUAUUUCAACAAAGAAACUACCAAAAGAAGUGUCGUAUCGUCUAAAAACCGAGUCGUACAUUACAUAUCCCCACAACGAAGACGAGGACCGAAUUAAGCUGUUCUGGAGACAAGUUAUAACAGCACUUACAACAAACUAAAUAAACAGGAAAGGGGGUGGGAUGUGUCCCAGUGGUAAAGCGGUCGAUUUGGGAUCGAUCCCCGUCGGUGGGCCCGUUGGGCUAUUUCCUGUUCCAGUUUGUGCACCACGACUCGUAUGUGCUAUCCUGUCUGUGGUAUGUGCUCCCCUG